GAAGCGAUACACGUUUGGUUGAGUUUGAAAUCAUCCCGGCGGCUCGGAGGUGGAAAAUACACUUUAAAGUCUCACUGGAUGCAUUUAAAAUGAACAAGCAACCUUUCCUGACAGAUACUUGAGUUACGGUUCGGCGGCGUCUCACCUCGUGGUCUGAAUGUUGUGGUUCUGAUUAGCCAAAAAUACAUCAGACAUUUUCUCAGAUCUCCAACUGGAGUUCAGACGAACCAUCAACUCUGUGCCCCCCUUCCCCUCACCUUUUUGUCCCACACACCCAAACAAACACACAAGCCACUAUGUCCUCCAUCCUUCCCUUCACCCCCCCAGUAGUUAAACGCCUCCUGGGAUGGAAGAAGACUCCAGCUGGAAGUGGAGGAGCAGGAGGUGGCAUAGGAGGAGUAGGGGAGCAGAAUGGAGGCGGGCAGGAGGAGAAGUGGUGUGAAAAAGCUGUGAAGAGCCUGGUGAAGAAGCUGAAGAAGACCGGGCAACUUGACGAGCUGGAGAAGGCGAUCAGCACUCAGAACAGCAACACGAAGUGUGUCACCAUACCCAGCAAUUGCUCAGAUCUGUGGGGUCUGGGCUCUGGCCACACGAUAGAGCAGUGGGACUCUGCAGGCAUGUAUGGAUACCCUGACCACAGCAGGUCACUGGAUGGGCGUCUCCAGGUGUCCCAUCGUAAGGGCCUGCCCCACGUCAUCUACUGCCGCCUGUGGAGAUGGCCCGACCUUCACAGUCACCAUGAGCUGCGCGCUAUCGACAGCUGCCAGUACGCCUUUAACCUCAAGAAGGAUGAAGUGUGUGUCAAUCCCUACCAUUACCAGAGAGUGGAGACGCCUGUACUUCCCCCAGUGCUGGUACCACGUCAUACAGAAAUUCUGACAGAGCUUCCUCCUCUAGACGAUUUUACAAACUCCAUUCCUGAAAACACCAACUUCCCUGCUGGCAUAGACCCACCUAAUAACUACAUACCAGAGACUCCUCCUCCUGGAUACAUUAGCGAAGAUGGAGAAACUAGUGACCAGCAGAUGAAUCAAAGUAUGGAAUCAGGUUCACCAGCAGAAAUGUCACCAAGCACCCUCUCACCUGUCAGUCAUGGCCUGGACCUCCAGCCCGUCACAUACAGUGAACCAGCCUUCUGGUGCUCCAUAGCCUACUACGAGUUAAACCAGCGGGUUGGAGAGACCUUCCACGCAUCGCAGCCGUCUCUCACAGUUGAUGGCUUCACUGACCCCUCUAAUUCUGAGCGGUUCUGUCUUGGGCUCCUCAGCAACGUUAACCGGAACGCAACUGUUGAAAUGACACGGAGACAUAUAGGUCGAGGUGUGAGGUUGUAUUACAUUGGAGGGGAGGUGUUCGCAGAGUGCCUCAGCGAUAGCGCCAUCUUUGUCCAGAGUCCCAACUGCAACCAGCGAUACGGCUGGCACCCUGCCACCGUCUGCAAGAUACCACCAGGCUGUAACCUGAAGAUCUUUAACAACCAGGAGUUUGCUGCACUGCUGGCCCAGUCAGUCAAUCAGGGGUUUGAGGCGGUCUACCAACUUACCAGGAUGUGCACAAUCAGAAUGAGCUUCGUCAAAGGCUGGGGAGCGGAAUACAGACGGCAGACUGUAACCAGCACUCCAUGCUGGAUAGAGCUGCACCUCAAUGGCCCCCUCCAGUGGCUGGAUAAGGUGCUGACCCAGAUGGGUUCGCCCUCAGUUCGCUGCUCCAGUAUGUCUUAAAAGCACUCUGCUGCUACGGUGGCAGCGUCCUCUGAAGGAGACAACCACGCAGUCUUAAACUAAUGUACUAUCAACAUUUAAAAGAAGAAGAACCGCAUUGAACCUGGACCAUGAAAGCCUGAUGACGGUGGGAUAUUAAUGCUGACGCCACAGUGGACCUGAUUAGCUUGACUCCUUUGGAUUGACUUCAAGCUGACAUUCCAGUAAUCACGGACCAUGUGAACUGAAAUCGCUCUGCAAUAUCAAAAUGACUAGUUGGUGAUGUCCUUGUCUUAAGUUUUGUGGUAUUUUCUUGCGGCUCUGCUCCAGAAACGGCAAGCGGGACGGCGCCCAAGUCUCCUCCUGACACAACAGCAGCUGUUUCUGGACUGGAACGUGUGACCUAGUUGUAGUCCACAUCACCUCUUCACUACCUACACAUUGUACCUGAAACUCAGCCUCCAGAUUUGUUUACAGAAGGUUGACCAACAGUAGUACUGCCACUCUAGGCUCGAGUCCAGCCAGCGUCAGCUUUGUGCCUGGAUGUCAAUUCCUUAGCGCUCCUUGUUUUCGAUGACCAAACUUCCUUUUUGUUUUCCUGCUCGUCUCCCUGUCGUGUUGUGAUCACAGAGCUGAUUAUUCUGGCCUGUACCAACUGUAACAAAUAUUAGAUGCCCUGUCUCCAUAUGUAAACACUCAUACUGUAACGCAGACAAACUUGGCUUCAUUAACCCUCUAACUGCCACACCGUAACAUUUCCUUUUUAUUACAUGUUUGCUAUUUCUGUGCCGCGGGUUCAAAGUGAAACACGGAAGUGAGUCUUUAUGAUAACUUUUUAUUUAAUGUUGUGCUAAAUAUUACAGAUAACUGGAACGACUAAGCUUUUAUAACAGCUUAAAUCUGUGACGCCUUCACAGUAAAGAAAGAAAUACAUAGGGAAAUAUCCAUGGUUGACUUUUUCCCCUAUUUCUGUUUUGAGGCCCUACAACAUGCACUAUCCUUCUCCAGCUGGACGUCUCCCUGCAUGCGCCUGCUCCUUUCCAAACAUUCCCCUCAAUUGUGUUCUUUACAGUUGUAUCACCUUGUAAACGAGAGAAUGUCUGGAGUGGGACUUGGGCAGAGAAAGGACUGACCCCAAGAGUUUAAGCUUCACUGUCUGCUAUAACAGACAUAAAUACGAACCCACAACAUUUGUAGAAAAUCACCUGUUAUUUUAGUAUUGAUAGGAAAUGUCCUGCAGUGUGGGACUUUAAUACUUCACUUGCACUGCCUCAAAUUAUGCAUCCUUGACAAAGAUGUUUGAUGUAAGAUACGCUUUAAAUUGUACAGAUAGGAAUGUCAGCCCCCUCCCCUCCAGUCAAGAGAAGUACAAAAAAAUAAAUCCUCCAUAACUUUAAACUGUAAAGACAUAUGUUUCUAUAUUGUCUAAUUUGGCUUAUUUAAAGUGUUGAGGGUGAUUUUAUUUUUUAUUUUUUUUUUACUAAAUAUGAGCUGUUAUCUGCAUUUUAGCCCAAAUCUUUUCCACUGAAAGUAUGUAAGCUUUAAUUAUUGACAGGCUUAAUUAUAACAGUUAUUAUUUUCUUUACAUAUACUUUUAGCUACAUUUUUGUAUCUCCCAUGUAUUUUUAUAUAUAUAUAAAUAUAUUUAAUAAUGUCAAACUUUUCUUCCUUUUUAUUAGAAUUCAGUAUUUUAUUUUAGAACUUGUCCUCUGUUCGAAAUGAUCACAGCUCAAUGAGAAUAUGUGAAGUAUGUAGCAUAGGAUACAACAUGUUCACUGAAUUGAUGGCUAAGAGGCCAAGUCAUCAGAGAUAUCACCAUCGUCUUCAAAAGCUGGUUUGGUGGCUAAAGUGGUAAAGGCAGCGGUGACUUUCCAAGCUGGUCCAGCCUUUUAAAAAGGCAGCUUCUUGCCUUAAUGAGGUGCUGAGCUCGUACCCUGCAGCUCCACGGUAUCAGACACCUGGACAAACAUGGACCAAUAUUAAGUAUUACUCUUAAUAGGCUUUAUCUUAAUAAUUAAGUCUCUAAAUGACUGAAUAUGAAAAUCUGCAUUUUCAAGACUUGUCUUACUUCAGUGACAUGACAUCCUGUGUGCUGUGUAAAAGCUGCUGCAGAUCAUUUGGCAGUGACCAAGUUUACAUGCAUAACGAAUGUUCAGACAUUAUUUUCAAGCUGAGGCCUUUACUGAGUUGCUUUAUGCCAGUGUUGAACUCACGGGUGGAAUUACCACAAAUACUGUCACAUUCAACGUGUUUGACCUGUUCUGCAAGAUGUGGUUGUAACCUGACAAAAGGUCAUGUAAACACGUGGCGUUGCUGAUCUGUGCUGCUCACCGUCACAGCACGUGGGAGAAAACCAAAUGACGGUUUACUGAAGGUUUAGAUGGACGACUUCCUUUAAUACAGGGUUAAGACUUUAGCAAAACCAAACAGAAAGAUUGACACUGUUGUUGUUGCCGUCGUUGUUGUUAUUGUUGUUUUGGAAAUGAAGGUCCUGCAGGACAAUCUGGUAUUUGUUGGUUUGACCCAGGCAAACUGUGUAAAACUGUACAGUUGUAGGAAACGUAUACUCACUGAAACCAGCCAAAUGCAGUGAUGUGUGUCUCUGUAUGUGUAGCUAACUCUCCAUAUGUCUUUUUUUUCCACUCGAAGUUGACUAGAAGUUGCCAAGGUCAUGGUAAAAUGAAAACAGUGUUUCCUUUAAAGAACGUAUUAUUAUUAUUAUUAUUAUUAUUUACCCAUAUGCAUUUUGUUUGGUUUUUAUGCAGUGACAUUUUGGGGGAAAAUUCUGUUUUUUUUUUUUUUUAAUUGCUAGACAUUAUUGUUUAAUGCAUAUUUCCAGAAUUCAGCUAAAGCCUUUAUAUCUAUAUAUAAAAUGUUUCUUUUUUUUUUUCCUUUUUUUAAGGAGUGCCACUUAACAUUGUACAGGAAAAGCAGCCACGUUUCCUCACUUCCUAAAGUGUCUGUGUUGGAAAUGGAAGAUGAGACUAAACACAGGCUACAUAUCCACUUUUACAGAAUACAUUUUUUUUUAUUAUGAUGACACUUGUUUCCCCAAUCAGAUUUCUUUUUUUUUUUUAAAUAGAGGGUGGUCUAUUGCAGAACGUGUAGUUUCCACACAUCACUAGUGACGUUCUUGUGUAGUUGUACUUUUUAAUUUACCACACUGUUCCCCAUUCUUGCCUUCAGCAGCUCCUGUUCCAUUAGACAACAACCUGUUAGGAUUUCUGUCUUCUGCAACCAGCUUUCCAACUAUUAUACAUAUACAGACCACUUCUUACAGUGUACACUAAUAAAACUGCUUGAAUUUA